AUGUCUCAACCAGAUACUCAUGGCAAUUCUCCGCAUGUGCUGGGACACCGCCGAUAUCGAGGCCAGGGCCAGGGUCAAGCAUCGAGCGAUCCCACGCCGGCACCACAGACUGCGCUAAGUCAGAACCAGGACCAAUCUCCGUGCCGACAGAAAGGAUGUCUUGUACCAGCAGAGACCGCUCAGAAUGCAAGUUCCAAACGUCAGAGCGAUCCGUUUUACUACGACUCGCAGAGCAUUCUAUACUGGGAUGAUUCGACUGGUGUUAUCCAUAAUAUUCCUAGUAGCCCCUCUACACACUGCGGGAAGUCCCAAGCAAAGACUAUUGCGGGUUGGUACAACCCAUACGCCGAUAUUGUUGGCGGGGGACCUUACGCUCAGGUAUCAGCUGCUGAUGAUGGUGCAGCGAUAGCGGAAGACAGAAUAUAUGCGCGGAAGACGCCACCCAAGACGCAGGCAUUGAGCGAAUUUGACUAUUCAGGGGAGCAGCCCAUGAUCAAGCAGAACAUAGGGUCGAGGUUCAAGCCAUUGUUAGGCCCCAUUGGCGUGCGCAGCGAUAAAAACGCGGAGAUCUCUAAGAAAGAGAGGUGGCGAAGAGUUGUCGGGAAGAGAGAUGCGACCCAAAAGCUGCGUCAAGGUGUAACCGCUAUGAUAAAAGCAGCAGCAGCAACACGCGAAGAAAGAAACAAAGUGGAGCUCGAGUCAUUAACAUCUCUCGAUAUGAUAGGAUUCUCAGGCAAGAAAGACGGGGACUUGGAGACACGAACGACUUCGUGGGCAUUCAGUCACACGCUAGCUACCUCAUUAUCACCGAAGAUUUGCAAGGCGGGAGAUUCAUUCGGAGCUUCCCAUACCAGCGCGACAUCCGAAGAUCGCAAGCUGUCGGUGGCAGAUGCAUCAAUGCCGCUGGAAGCCUUUGGAAAGAAGCAGGAAGCCGGGCAAGUCAUCGAGUGUACGCCUACACUUGAUCGUGUGCACAAGCUACGUGCUGAAGAGCAAGCAAAGGCUCUCGCGAUCCUUGAAGGACAACUGCCAGAGACGAAAAUAGUCAACGAAGAUGAUCCUCAUCUCGCGGGAAGGUUGGCGCGACACUUUAUCAAGACGGAUAUGACGCGAGUUCCGAGGGAUGCUUUAACUGAUGAGGAACACCAAGAAGCAAACUCCGUUGGGGGUCUGGGUCUUAAUCUUCCAGCUGGAAAUUCUGCAAGUAGUAGUUUGUAUAGCAGCGACGAGGGCGACGAUCUCGAAAAGCUUGCAAAAGCAGUAGCGGGUCUUUGUCCGUUUCAGAACCUACCCUCUCCUUCGAAGUUGGGUUCAUUGCGACACUACAGUGCGAUACCUGGUGGACUGGAUCUUGUGAAGAUCCAGGAAGCGAAGGAGCAAGCUGAAGAACCUGAUUCAUGCGGGGAAGCGGCUGUCGUACAGAGUACUACGGCGGCUGAAGCAGAGGCCAAGUUUGCGGAAGCGCCUAGUGCUGUGGACACUUCUGCUAAACGCACACAUGCUGCGCAUAGCUCGGGUGAAUCAAUCGAAUCACUGUCAUCGGAGGACUAUGAUCGACUCAGCGGUGAACAGAAACGUGAGGUGGAACAGAAUGGUGUCAAGAGGCGGUGGUACAAGGGGUUCCGGAAAGUGUAG